UGCUCAAUUUGUUCCCUGUCAUCAUUCCCAAAUUCCUCCCUCAGCAACCCAAGUGAGCAACCAGCACCAGAUCAAAAUGGCUCAAAUGAUACCUCAGGCGGUCUUGGACCAGCUCAAGGCCCAGAUCGAUCAAGAUUCCAAAACCAAGGAGGCACUCGGCGACAUUACCGAGAAGCUCGAACGAGAGGUCGCAUACUCCCAGGGCGUCAUCUCGCGGGUCCAUGCCACAAGGGUUGCCGACUAUGCUGCAGCUCUGCUGCCGCAAUUAGAGGCUGCAAUCAAGGACAUGAUUGCCACCACAAAAGCCCUCGAGGAAGAGGCUUCAAAGCAUCCGUACUACAAAUACAACUUUAAAUGGACCCGUCAUGUGCGGGGGGCCAUAUUCACUAUCGUGCUGUGCGCAUUCUUGGGCGGCCUCGGGAACGAGACCAAGCCUGGAGAGCUGGGUAGACUAUUGAGUUUAGAGGAGGUCGGUGCUGUACUCCAAGUCCCUGUCAACAUUCAAGACCGCGAUGUCUUCCACAUCACCAUCGAGGAAUACCUGCUCUCGCUGACCGACCUGACCAACGAGCUGAGCCGUUUGACAACCAACACGGUGACGUUGGGCGACUUUGAGAUGGCGGUCCGCAUCAGCUCUUUUGUGCGGGACCUACACGCUGGCUUCCAGCUUCUGAACCUCAAGAACGACAUCUUGAGGAAGCGUGUCGACAGCGUCAAGUACGACGUCAAGAAAGUCGAGGACGUGGUCUACGAUCUGUCACUGAGGAACUUGAUCCCGGCGAGGCAGAGUGCAGGUGCAGCACAGUAGUCGGACACAAAGUCAUGGCACCAGAUAUGCAUGCCACAAAAGGGCCGCUCACAGAAGCCGGAAAAGAUGGCGGCCUCUACGGAAUCAGGGAGGAAACAGUAGCAUAUCUGCAAUUGUUUGGUAGUAAUUGACGCGCUUACUGGUCCAGUGAACUCUGGGAUGAUAUUGCAUUGAUUAGUUGACAAUUGAUACCAUCAAAGUUUUCCAGAGAUUUUGAUGCUUGAUCCCAUAUAUUCUGGC